AUGUCACGUACCCGCGACACGCUUCAUUCCAUCACUCCGGAGCAGUGGCCUGAGCUGAGAGAUAUGUUCAAGAGUGGUUGGCCUCGUAAUGAGGUGCCGUAUAAUACAAUACAGAACUAUAUCAAGUGGGUGAAAAUUGAUCCUCGAAUCAAGCAGCUGGAGGUUCUGAGUUUGAACGACAGUUGGCGAGAGAACGGAACGUACAUAAUCAUCGACCGAUACUACAUGUUUUUUCACACCCUGGAAGAGUCGAUGGAUUCGUUGCGACGAGCUCUUCGGCUGCUUGAUUGGGACUACAGCUACCGAAUAAGUCAAGUUCACGAAUCCUGUCAGCCAGCGUUGGAUGAAGUGAUCCAGUUGUUUGCAAUCGAGCUACAGUUGUACAAUCAAACCGUUCUGUACAAAAUGACCAAGGAAGAGUCUCUCAAUCUGGAGCUUGUUUUACCAGAUGGACUUCACCUGAAGAAGCUGGAGCCCAAGCAUGCUUCCAUAGCCAACGAUGUCUGGUUCAAUCGGUGUGAAGGAUCGGAAUACACGCUAAGACGCCUUGCCGCAUGGAAUCCAUCGACAGGGCUGUUCAACGCAUCCGAUGAACUGCUAGCGUGGUGCAUGUGCUGGUCAACCGGGGCUAUCGCCGCUUUGCAGGUUGCCAAAGAACACCUUCGGAAGGGUUACGGUUCCAUCGUAGUGAAAGCGAUUGCCAAAGAAAUGGCCAAGGUGGGAAUGAACUGCUAUGCAAGCGUACACUGUAAGAAUUUGAUUUCUAACUUGCUGUUCAAAAAACUCGGGUUUGUGCCAAUUGGUUCCUACUGUGUCGCACAAACACGAGCUAAGAAAUUGGCUGAAUACGGUCAUUGA